AAAAAAAAAAAAAGGAAGAAUGCCGAAUCAAACUUCUUCUCCGGCUAAGCUAGCCAGGCCUUUUUUUAUAACAUUAUACGGUUGAACAUGCAAUUGGAAAAAAGAAAUCUCCAUUAAAAUUCCUUAAAUAGACACAAAAUCUGCAAAAUUUCAUCUUUCCUUCACGCUAUCAAAGGCCCAAGUUCCUUUCUUUUUCUUCUCUGUUGGGUUUCUACACGAUUAAUUUUUCUCAAUUAUUCACCGCUUUAAGCCGGAACUUUUCUGUAAUAAAAACGCCUCCUUUAUUGUUCUAUCUCUAUCUGUGCCCUCUGCUCCUUUAUCAUCCGAUUCUUUUCUUCUUUUCGACUUCAGUGCAAUCAAUUUUACUUGGUGCCACUGAAUUCCUACUUUUCGUUUUCAAGGCUUACUGUGCUGGGUCGCAGUUUAAAAAAAAAAGUUGAAAACUAGAAGAACCUAGCAACUCGCCGUCAACCGAUUUCUCUUCGCGUUGUCUGAACUUCAGUCUGAUGCCCCUAGAGCUUUAACUCGAUGGAUCUAGUGUUUGGAUUAGCUUCCGCACCCAACAAGCUUACCCAGCUUUGUUGUGAGCCUACAAGCAACGGAUUUGGCCCCAGCAACAACCCAGAUCAGAUAGCCUCAUCAGCUUGUCACUUGAACACUGCAUCACCUACCAUCACUGCCACAUCAUCACCGUCACAUUAGCAAAAUUUUAGGAGUUUCUUUCCUUGUUAAGAUCGACAUCCUGCAUCUGGUUUUGUAGCUCAUUUUCAGCAGAAACAACUCUUAAAAAAUUGAAUUUUGAGUUUUUUUCGUCAAGAAAGGUAUAUUUUCUUACUUCAAAUGUCAUGUAAACUUAUAUUGAAAGGCUAAAAGGGGAGAUCAAUUACUACAAAAAUAUUCUCGAAGAAAUUAAUUAUGACGUUGGAUUUCAUAAGGGUCAAUUAUUAUCUCUAAUGUGAAAGGUAUCAUUGGAUUUCCUUUGUUCUACAUCACUUAGAAGGAUAAUAGAUACUUUAGAGGUGUGCAAUCGGUCGGUACUGAAUCAAACCGAACCAAAAUAAGAGAAGAACCAAAUCAAACUGAACUGGUUUGGUUUGGUUCGGUUCGGUUUAAAACCGUUGGUUCCUUAAAUUCCCAAAGCGCCAAAUUCUUCUGUUCUCAAACGAUACCGUUUCCACACUUGAACAUCAUCUUCCCCAGUCUUGGCUUCCAAGCAAAAUCCCAAUCCUCAGCAAAGAACUUUCCCAAAUCAUCAACAACAACAAAUUCUCAGCAUUAAACUUCCCCAAAUCAUCAAAGACAAUAAAUAUACAAAUAUGCUAAUCAUCAUUUCAUUUUCUCAAAAAAAAAAAAAAAAAAAAACUCUAAACAUUUCAUUGAAUUGUAUUCUACAAAAUCCAAAUAAACAAAUAUGGAAAUCACACAUGUAGACCAGAGGCGAUUCUUCCUUGGACAUGCAUAGGGGCGAGGUGAACCAUUUGUAACUGGCGAUGAGUUGAUUCUUGAAGGGGCGAUGAGCCAUUUGUAAUAGGCGAUGAGUUGAUUCUUGAGAGUACAGAGGCAUGAAUUGAUUCUCUCACAAAUGCGAUGACCCAUCUGUCAAAGGCUGAGAGUGGAGGAAUGGGAGGACAGGGAAUGAGCCAAGAACUGAAUCAAGAGGAAUUAGAGAAGAGAAAUAGUGUAAUGGCUCACGUGUAAUGGGCUAAGAGUUUUGGACAGAAGAACAAAAGAGUGCUUUAUAAUAGAUUAGUUUCUUCCUAUAAAAUGGUGUAGCAUUGUUAAGUGAGAAAAAUCGGUUUGGUUUGGUGUGGUUAGUUAGAUUUUUUUACUGAAUUAACCAAACCAAACCAAAUAACCAAAAUAUUUUAAAAAUAGAAACUGAAACUGAGCCGAUUAACCAAAAAAUCGAACCGAAAAACCAAAUUAAAUUGGUUCGAUUCGAUUUUUCGGUUAAAACUGAUAAGUGCUCACCCCCAAGAUAUUUGACCUUCUAAAGUAGUUAGUUUUGAUAAGUCUUCUUGAUUGCAAGUGACCAUCAAGCACCAGACGAGAGACCAACUUUGUUUGAAAUUUCUCAAGAAUAUAAUUCCUUUCGCAUUCAUUAUUUCCAUUAUUAUUGGUAACAGGGCAUUGCAACGAGACUAUAAUAUGUGUUCAAAACUUACUAGUUGUGGAAAAGAAUACUAAUGAAACCUGGCCAUUGCAUCUUGUAUUUCCUUAUUACCUCCAUACUGUAUCAAGCUCUGUCUUGUAAAGGAAAUGUUGUAAUUCAAUGUGUAUUUAUUGUUCUCCAACUGAUCAGCCAUGUUUGAAUUGUUGGAAAUUGGUUGGGAAUUAAUAUGAGAUUUUCGUGGAAUGAACACACAUGAAGUUUUUAACAAUGUUAUUUGCCCGUUUUUAACAAUGUUCUUCGCCCAUGUUUAGUUUGAAGGCUGCAGAUCUUUUUAAUAUUGGUUGCAGUAGGGUUCACUAAUAACAGAAAGAGGACAGGAUGUGACAAGCAAGAUGGGCAUUGGGAUUCUCUAAGGCAUUUGAAAGUUGUAAAGAGAGCUGGAAAAAAUGUCAUUUCUCCAAGAGAAUAGUCUAUAAGAUGUUCAAAGGUUUUCCAUUGACAAUCACAGUGGUUAAUUUUAUAAUUAUUGUAAUAGGCAUCUUGCAGGUGGGCAAUGCCAUGUGUAGAUAAACUGAUAUGGAAGUUUAUAAUGAUAGUGCUAAUGGUUAUAAUUGAAAAAUGAAGUGUUUGGGUGCUAUAAAUUAUGCUAUGUGUCUAGUGGUGAUUAACCAUAGUUGUUGGAUUGCUGGUUGCUUUAAACUGGUUUUGAUAAACCUAGGAAACCAUACUGAUCCUCGCUGGUGGAUAUUGGAUGAUAACAUGUGUAGAGGUAGUUCAAAUUUUUGUUGCAGCUGGACCAAAAAUUGAUUGGAUUCCAGGAAGACCUUUGAUAAAUGAAAAGAAUUUUUCUUUAACAAAAUACGCAUUUUUGGGAAUGGACCGGUUGUCUUUGCCUACUACCAUUGUUUGUGAAUGAUGUUCAGUAGGCAGAAGGGUUCUAAUGCUCUCAGCAUAUUUAAAUGGGGAUCGCAUGGUGAAUCAACUUUGACAACAGGCUUGCUUAGGGAUGUGCCUCCUGAGAUUGAAUUGUCUGACUAUGGAAGGGUACCCAGUCCUGGUAGUGAGAGCCCGUCGGGGCUUCUUAAUGGCGAGAGCUUGAAUGUGGAACCAAUUGCUGAUUUGGACCUCUUCUUUGAAAGGCUGUAUAGUUAUUAUUGUGAGAAAGGGCUUUGGUGCAUUAUCAUAAAGUGGAUUGUUGAACUUUUGAGUUUGGGGUUCACCAUCUGUUUUUCGGGAUUUUUCUUACUAUAUGUUGAUUGGAAUGGUCUUCGUAAUGCCAAGUGUGGGAUGGAUGCUGUUGAAUCUGGAAUCAAGCCCUGUGAUCUUGCUAAAGAAGCUCUUCAUCAGCACCCAUUAACCCCUCUAACAAUUUCAAAAGCUAUUAUUGUUGGAUAUUUGGGUUUAUUUUCUAUCUACUGGAUCUUCUGUUUUUUGAGGUUCUUUGCGCAAUUAAGGGACAUUCUUGGGAUUCGUCACUUCUAUUACAACAGUCUCCAUGUUACAGACAACGAAAUUCAAACCAUGCCAUGGGCAACAAUUCUUGAAAAGGUUGUACAGUUACAACGUUCACAGCAACUCUGUGUGGUGAAGGACCUUUCUGCUUAUGAUGUCGUGAUGCGAUUGAUGCGAAAGGAGAAUUACUUAAUUGGAAUGCUCAAUAAAGGAGUGCUUGCUUUUCCAAUCUCCUCAUGGGUUCCAGGUGCUGGUCCAGUUGUCAAAUCUGGUUCCAAUGGAACACAAUACCGUUUGAUACUAACAAAGACCCUUGAAUGGACCUUAAAUUGGUGCAUUCUUCAGAGCAUGUUUGAUCGAAACUUUUGUGUUAGGAGGGACUUUAUUUCUAAUCCUAAAACCUUAAGGAAAAGGCUCAUGGUAGUUGGGCUUGCAAUUCUUCUUCUUUCACCAUUCCUGGUUAUAUUCAUGCUUGUGUAUCUCUUUCUAAGGCAUGCUGAACAGUUCUAUAAUCAUCCAAGCACAGCAUCAUCUCGAAGAUGGUCAAAUUUAUCAAAGUGGAUUUUUAGGGAAUUCAAUGAGGUUGACCAUUUGUUCAAGCAUCGGAUCAAUGGUAGUAUAAUGCAUGCUUCAGAUUAUCUUAAGCAAUUCCCCUCACCAAUUAUUUCGAUUGUUGCCAAGUUUAUAUCUUUUGUUUCUGGAGGCUUUGCUGCUAUCCUGAUUAUCAUUGCAUUUCUGGAGGAGUCGCUACUAGAAGGCCAUAUAUUUGGUCGUAAUUUGUUCUGGUAUGCUGCUGUUUUUGGAACCAUAACAGCAAUCAGCCGUGCUGCAGUUACAGAUGAACUCCUUGUCCUUGAACCAGAAGCAGCUAUGUCUAUGGUGGUCCAACAUACACAUUAUAUGCCAAAGAGGUGGCGGGGCAAAGAAAAUACUGAGACUGUCCGGAUAGAGUUUGAAACCCUAUUUCAGUAUACUGGAAUGAUGUUACUUGAGGAGAUGGCAUCGAUUUUCCUCACCCCAUUCUUGCUUCUAUUUGUUGUUCCAAAGCGAGUGGAUGACAUCCUGCAGUUCAUUGCAGAUUUCACAGUGAAUGUUGAAGGUGUUGGCCAUGUGUGCAGUUUUAGUUCAUUUGAUUUUCAAAACCAUGGGAAUAGCAAUUAUGGUUCACCUUAUCAUACAACACACAGCCAGAGGAGCUCUCAGGGAAAGAUGGAAAAAUCAUUUUUGAGUUUUCAGAGCAGCUAUCCUUCUUGGGAACCAAAUGCCCAGGGAAAGCAGUUCCUGUCAAAUCUUAGAAAUUUCAGGGAGCAAAAGUUGCAAGGACACGGAGUUAGACAUGUGUAUUCUCAUCCUAAAACAUGGCGAGGAAGCCCCAAUUUGAGGGGCCCUGGAAAUAGAAAUACCCCCUUUUCUAGGGAAAUGCCUCAUUCUACUCCUGGCUUUCAUUUAGGCUCUCUGUGGCUAAUUGAUGAAGAUCAAAAGAAUCACCCAUAUCUUCUUGAUUGGUACUAUACCUCGCAGCCUCAUACUUCAACUAAUUAUACAAGAGACAGUCCAGUAGCACCCUUUGAAGCGACUGACCAACAUACUGAAGAUUAUUGGAUGCCACCCAACUUUACACAAAAUAAGGCUAUAUAUGAUGAUGAGCAUUGGCAUCACCAUUAUCAAGAUCGAACAGAAUCUCACUUGGGGGCUUCCACAUCUACUCCUUUCAUCCGGGAGAGUGUACUUCAACAACAUGAUGUCAGCAAUUUUGCACAUUCCUAUAGGAGCCAUUGGUGGGCCAGAAGUGGCCAACCUGGUGCACAGCCCCAGACAAGUUUUCUUGAGCCUCCUGAUUUUAACCGCUUCACUUCAGAUAAUUUCUAUGAUAAUUUUUCAGAGCGGAGCUUAGAGGAACAAGAACAGCACUUGAAUUGGAGGAGUUCUCACAGGUUGUCACGAACAACUUACAUGGAUGAUGACCUUGAAGCAGGAGAAAAUGUAAAUCUUCAUUUUGAUGAUGUUUACAGCAGACCACCUGAGACUCCUAAGGAAUACCAAGAGCCUCCAAGCUUUUGAAUAUGAUACUCAAUUACCUCUGUAGUCUGUUUAGAGAUGGGAUGCAUACAGGUUUCCGAGAACCAAUUGCUUUCUUUAAUUUGUGUAAAAAAGGAAACUCUGUAUUCUUUGUUGUAUAUAAGAUUCAUCAUGAGGCUGGAUCCUGAACUAAGCCUCAACUCAAUUAAGAAGGUUGCAUAUUCCAAAUAGUUAGUUCAUUGCAAGCCUUCUGAAACUGUAAAAACAAUUACAACCCGUUGAUACAUUUAAAAUCUGAUUCCAUUCAUUUUA